GGAGCGAGGAAGAGGAGAGGAAGAAGGAGGAGGUGAAGACAUGGCCAGUGAAGGAGGACCUGCUGAAACUCAGCCAGCACCAGCAGACAGUGUGUCAAAAAAUGGAGACUUCACCCCAGAGGCCAUCGGCUUCCUGUCGGCGGUGGGUGUCUUCAUCGUUGCCCUGGCCGUCCUCUUCCUCUUCAUCAACAAGAAGCUGUGUUUCUCGCGCGUCGGCGGGCUGCCGUGCCUGGAGCAACAUGGCCGCCGGAAGAAAGGACGUCCGGGAAUCCGCCAGGGCCUCGUGAACAGCUACGGUGACGAUGACGACGACGGCAUCAGCUCCUCCGACAGUGAAGACGAGGUCCUGAAGCAGUUCGAGAUCUCUGUGUCGCGUUCGCAGAGUUUUCGCGCUGCAGCAACAAACGGAGGUGAACAGCAGUCCCAGCAGACUCAGCUAGCAUUGGGUCGGCGCCACAAAUUCACCCGACUGUCGGACCAGGAGGAGGGCAGCACAGAGCCGUCCGACUGUGAAGAAAUGGAGGCUCAGAGCCGACAGGGUUUCCAGGACCCGCUCUCUGCAGCAGCAGAAGAAAGGGAGAGGGCGUCUGCUCUCUCUCUGGACAAACCCACCGGGGUGGAGGCAUCAGGCGGCAAGGACAGUCCCACCCCCAGUACGAACCGCCAGGCCGCAGACGGCAGCGAGGACACGGAGAAGGCCGUGGAUCGCGACAAAAACGAUGCUACAGACAGCUCCUCCACCUGGAGCCCUGAGCAAGAGCAGCCGCCCCAGGUCGAGGUUUCGUCUCAGCCCGUCCACUCCUCCCCUCGGAUCCCCAUCUCCAAAUGUGGAGACCUGGUCCUCUCUCUGGAGUACCGUCCCGAUACGGAGAAGCUGCUGGUCUCUGUGAUCGCGGCCCGGGACAUCCCAGACAAAGCUCGCAGUGGGAUGGAUUCCUGGCAGGUGCACAUGGUCCUGCUUCCCUCCAAAAAACAACGGCACAAGACGUCGGUACAGAAAGGCUCGCUGCCGCACUUCAAUGAGACGUUUCGCUUCUCGCGCCUGGAGCCCUCUGACCUGCAGAUGUCGGCCAUCAGGUUCAGGCUGUACGCACUCGGAGGCAGGAUGUCCCGUGAGCGGAUGAUGGGGGAGAAGGUGCUGCGUUUAGGAGGGCUCGACCCGGACGGAGGGACGAUGGAGACGACGCUGGUCCUGGAGCCUCGCAGUAACCUCAAGAGUGUGGGCUCCCAGCUGAGUCUGUCUGCUGUGUCUCAGAGCGACAGCGCCUCAUCCACCCAGUCUCUGACCCACGGCGGUGUCCCCGAGCUCCUGGUGGGUCUGUCCUACAACGCCACAACGGGACGCAUGUCUGUGGAGCUCAUCAAGGGCAGCCACUUCAGAAACCUGGCCAUCAACAGGCCCCCAGGUCUGCGGAGAGUAAAACACCCAGAGACAUCCAGUAAAAUGUCAACUUACAUGGCUGACGUUUAUAUAUUUUCUUCUUCCCUCCUCCCCUCCCCCUUCCUCUCCUCCGGUCCAGACACCUACGGCCGGCUGACUCUGCUGAACUCGGUCGGUCAGGAGAUCUCUCGGUGUAAGACAUCCGUGCGUCGCGGCCAGCCCAACCCCGUCUACAAGGAGACUUUUGUCUUCCAGGUGGCGCUGUUCCAGCUGUCUGACGUCACGCUGCUGGUCUCCAUCUACAACCGUCGCAGCAUGAAGCGCAAAGAGAUGGUGGGCUGGAUCGCUCUGGGUCAGAACAGCAGCGGCGAGGAGGAGCAGCUCCACUGGCAGGACAUGAAAGAGGGUCGAGGACAGCAGGUCUGCCGCUGGCACGUCCUGCUGGAGGCGUAAUGCUGCCUGCCGGACGGUAUUUAGUUUCUUUUUAAGGUUGAAGCGAGUUUAUUCUUUAGUUAGAAAGUUGGAAAGUAUUGAGGAAAGAAAAAGAAAAAGCUUUGAUUUUAUCUGCAGACAGGAAGAUGCUUGUCGAGUGUCGGUGGAUUCAUCGCCACAUCUGCUGCUGGAGGCUGAUUGAAGUUCAAAACAAAAUCUUUUGUUGAUGAAUUAGGAAAAAAUUAAUUAAUAAUAAAUUCAAAGAAAGCCUUCAGGAAGUUUACGUGACAAAAAGACCUUGAAUUUGGAUUUGGAUUCACUUCUUUUGUAGUCCGUCAACAAAAGGCACAACACAACAAAAAAAACAUCAUGUAAGUCACAAACAUAUGUCGGCCAUCUUUUUCAUUCAGGACUCAGCCUACGUCAUACAUUACAGAGCACUAGCUCAUGGCUGCACAUCAGUCUGUCCAUUUGUCCCCACAUUUGUCCAGUACAUAGCACAUUGACGGUCUGAAUGACAUUUUCCAAUCAUCUAAGAGUUUGGUGCAAAACAGGUUUAAUACAUUUGACUGAAGUUUAUGACUUCACAUUAUUCCUGGCACCUUAAAGAGCUCUGUGAUGGUAAAAAGCACAGAUCUGUAACUGUAGACAUAAAACACAAGAAAGGAUUUAUCAGCUAGCUUGUUUCCUAUUAACAGAGUCCGUCAGCUAGCACACCGUAAGGAGAUAUUCACUGACUUUGAUUAAAGUCGUGUACUGGGUUAGAAAUGCUGACUGUACCUUUAAGUGGACUUUGAGUUAAGAUUAUUUUGAACUGUCUUUUUACAUUUUAGUAGGUGAACCCAGCAAAUAUCAGCUGUUUGAAAUGAUAAAAGAAAUCAUCACGUGAAAUUACGUGAAACAAAAGUUGCUGUAGGUGGUUUUUUUUCCCAUGAAUGACCAGAGGGGGCGCAUUUCAUCUGCACUUUCAGAACAAACCGGGACAAACUAUCAGCAGUGUUUUUCUAUAUUCCCUUCUGCAAAAGAAAAGACUUCCAGGUCGAUAACUAAGUGGUUGAAACGUAAGUCGCCCAUACAGCAGAAGCGUCCCAAACAAGGCUUCAGGAGCCCAAACUGAUUUUGUCAGUGAGUCAAAUAAUUCUUUACAUUUUAGAAGAAAUUACCAGCAAACGUUUACAGCUGUCAGUGAUAAAUGAUGCAGGCAGUUAGGGGGAAAUUUUCCUCGGUUUAUCUGUGUCAACAGAGUCGUGGAUGAACUGAUGGUGAACUCACUGUUCUGCUUCCCACCAAAGGAAAUACUGAAAAAAGAAGCAAACGAGUAGAAGUGAAGAUAUUUCAUGAUUCAAGUGGAGGACGAAGGCGUCUCAUUCAUAUUCAGCUUUCAUUCUCAUUCUCCUCACACUCAUGCUACUACAGGCAGGAAGACCAGCAGCUGGAGACUCUUAACCCCAGUGGGAUGAGAGCACCCCCCCCAUCACCACCACCCCCAAAUCAUCAGCACUGAAUUAUGUUAUUUGGCUGUGGCUCAGUCUCCUUCACAGGUCAAAGCUCAUUUCAACACCCAUCAACGCUGAGCUGAAAAGAGGCUUUAAAUAUCUGCCUGCAGCUGUUGGUAACAUGCAAUGAAUUACCCUGGAAGUGUGUGUGUGUGUUUUUCCGACACUGUCUCUGUGGUAAUUGGUAGUUACAGCUGUAGAAUCGUACAGUGUGAUGACGAUGAUGCUCAUCCUCUUCCCGUCUGAGCAUCACUGAGUAAUAAGGCAGCAGCUCAGCCCCAGAGGGGGGAUUAUAUCUGUUUGUGUAGACAGAUACUGUAACUCCAAAACCCUCGGGGGCUCACACGCCUGAAGCAGAGAUGUGUUUGUUUGAGCGUUCGUUUUCUCCAGGAGGGUGACAACAAAGUGUGAUCGGAAGCUUUCUGUGUAAAGAGACAUGAAGUCGGUAAUUACUUUUGCAAAGCCAAACAUAACAAAUUAGGUGAGGUUAAAUGUUCCUACUCAAAUUCUUCAUGUGAUUUACAGAGUCUGUUCACCCAGAUCACAAGAAACCCUUUCCCUCACAGCCCUAUAGACACUGAGUUACCAGAAGAGAGAGACUACAUCUUCCACCCCAAUACAAAAGAGAUGAAUACGAUUUUGGUUUUGCAGCUCAAAGCACAAAAAAAGGAAACAGAGCUAAAAGAGAAAGAAUAAUCGUCUCUCAUUCAUCAGGUGGAGACAAACACGCCAAACGCCAAAUAAUCACCAUCAUCAUCAUCUCAAACCAGAAAGAAACACAACUCAUUUUUAAUUAACCACCAAAGGUUUUCAAGUGUGAUGCAUUCGUCACGUUGUGAAGCAGAUGUUUGCAGCUGUUUACUUUAAACUAAAGGUGUAACGAUGAACAACAAGAUGCACAAGUGCUUGUGAAGAAAACACAAAUGAUCCACUUCAUCAGAAACACUUCUCUCUCUUCCAGUGAGAACACAGUGCUUCAGGGAAGACUGAGAUCUUUCAUUCCAAAUGAAAGAUCUGUUGAAGGGCACAAUUGAAUGGACUCAUUCUAUAUCUGUUCAAUGCAGUAAGUGCUGUGUGUCUCAUGUUUAAACUGCAGAUAUGUAAUGACCACUACUUCAGGUAUAAAUGAAGCAUGGGUGAAUAAUAGGAGUGCUGCAACCAGUUUAGAUGUUUUGUAAAAUCCAGUGGCCGUGCACCUUUUAGGAUUUCCAGCAGAUCUGAGCUACAUUGUUUUUGAUUGUUAAUAUUUUUAGUUUUGUACAUAAACACUUGUAAAAGACCAAAAUAAUGUAAUUCUGAGUUAAGUCUACACGGGUAGGGUCAAAGAACACAGCAGAAGUCAGCCACAGAGACCAGAGUGAAAGGGUAUCUACACACACUGCUGGUAAAAAUUUAGCACCUUGUCAUUUUACCCAAAAUUAAACAACAGCUGACUGUUCGCUACUCAUGUGAAGAUUUGCAGGUUUACAGUAAUAAUGGAGGCAGAUCUGACACUGACGUUUUUGGUUUCACAGUUUCAAAGCAGUGGUCUAUUUAUUGGCAGUGAAUUUCACUGAGAAGUUAUUUACACCCUGGUUUUGACCUGAUCUUGUUAAAAUAAAUUGUAAUUGUUGAGAUGAAUCAUACGACCACGGCCACAGGAGUCGAUAUCAGCACUCCUAUUCCACAGGCUUCAAAUGUGAGUGAGAAAAGUGACAUGAACUAUAUUUACUGCACAGACUGGUAUAUUUUAUGCAUGUCAAGCUGUUGUACAGAAUCUAUAAUAUCUAUUCUAUAUUUUUUAAAUUAGUAAAUGUUCAGUGUCCUUAAAUAUUUCCCAGUAUUUCUAUCGUAGUUCCACAUCUGCAUGCUCAGUUUGAGAUCCCAGGUUGUAUUACAGAUGUGAGACAAUCAGAUUGUGCUGCAGAUGUAAUACAGCUGUAAUACUCUGAUGAAGUGCCUGUAACAUUUUGAGAUGAAACAUAUCCAACGCGACAGAGAGAUGAUCCAAAUUUGCAUGAAGCCUUCUCGUUGUUCCCUGUGAAUGCAGCUGUAGGACUGCAUGCAUGGAAGGUUUAUUCAGCCUGGAAAUCCCCAGCAGGCGUCCUGAUGUCAAGGCCUGGACCAGGGCUCAAACUCAGUCCUUUUUUCAUUCUCUGAAACUGGAAGAUGAUAAAUUUGAUUUAGAUCUUUAUUGACGACCAACCUUCCAGCAGCCUGUAACACAACAGACUGAGUCUGUGACACUGACACUGUAGAGACUCCAUAAACUACAAUAUAAAGACUUCAGAGACUGUAGUCCUGCAGCCCUGGUCUGGGCCGUGCAUGCUGAACCCCAGCCACCCUCCCGACCCCCCAGUCCCCCUCCUGAUCCCCUACUCUCCCUCCCAACGGCAUCCAGAAAACCCUUUUUGUACCAAGUGUUGUCGUUGCCAAUAAAACCCAGAAGAUCCCUGCU